GCACCUGCGGCCUCAUCAGGAAGGCGAUGGCACUUCGAGUGCUUCGCCAGCACAAGGGUCUGGGAUGGAGGCUUGUCAGGGCAGGACCAAGGUACCUCUCCUCUGACAAGCCUCGGCACCUGGAUCAACUUCGACCUGGGACCAUUUCUGCGCAGAUCCCCUUCGGAGACGACAAACAGUACAAUUCAGUUGUUCCAGCCAUUUAUCCGUCUUCUACUUUCGUUAGAGAUCAGAAUGGAACCAACAUUGCAGGCAAGAUCUAUGCUCGGGAUGACAACCCAACAGUGCUUGCAGCUGAAGGCACCAUCAGAGAGCUGGAGUUCGGCGCAGAUGCUCUCUUGUUCUCAUCUGGAAUGUCGGCAGCCACCGCAGUCUUCAAGAUACUUCGGCCUGGUGACCAUGUCAUUGUUCCACGAGUUAUGUACUGGGCGUUGAGGGGAUGGAUCAUGGAUUUCGCGAAAAGAUGGAAGAUCGAGGUGAAAGCUCUGGACUUUGGAGAACCCUUCGACAAGAACAAACUCCGCUCGGCCUUGUCCACUCGGCCAAAGUUGGUCUGGCUCGAAACGCCAGCCAAUCCGACCUGGUCGGUCUCGGACAUAUCCGAGAUCUCAAGCAUGGCACACGACAUUGGUGCAUUCUGCGUUGUGGACAGCACUGCUGCGACGCCAGUGCUCAGCCAGCCUCUAAAUUUGGGAGCCGACAUUGUGAUGCACUCGGCAACGAAAUACCUGAACGGACACAGCGACGUGCUGGCGGGGG